GCUAAUAUCCAACCUGUAUUUUUCUCUAAAGCUUUGCUUAUAAUGAUCACUACUAGUUCACAACACUCGAUCAAAUUUUAUUACAAAGAGAGAGAGAUCAGAAGAUUACUCCUUUUGACUUCAAGGUUUUAAAGCCAUGGCCGGUGGAGCUCUUACCGACGAAGGAGCCCUAAAGAGAGCUCAUCUCUAUGAACAUCGAAUCACUACUUACUUCAUCUUCGCUUGCAUCGUUGGAUCCAUGGGAGGCUCUCUCUUCGGCUAUGAUCUCGGAGUCUCUGGUGGUGUUACAUCAAUGGACGAUUUCUUGAAAGAGUUCUUCCCAGGAAUCUACAAAAGAAAGCAAAUGCAUCUAAACGAAACAGAUUACUGCAAAUACGACAAUCAAAUCCUCACACUCUUCACUUCCUCUCUUUACUUCGCCGGUUUAAUCUCAACUUUCGGAGCUUCUUAUGUCACCAGAAUAUACGGUAGAAGAGGAAGCAUCCUCGUCGGCUCUGUCAGCUUCUUCCUCGGAGGAGCGGUUCCGUUAUACCUCUCGGAGAUGGCUCCAGCGAAGAUUCGAGGAACCGUGAAUCAGCUUUUCCAGCUAACAACUUGCAUUGGCAUUCUAGUUGCUAAUUUGAUAAACUACAAAACAGAGCAAAUCCAUCCAUGGGGAUGGAGACUCUCUCUCGGUCUCGCCACCGUCCCAGCUAUACUCAUGUUCCUUGGUGGACUCGUUUUGCCCGAAACACCCAACAGUCUUGUCGAGCAAGGGAAGCUCGAGGAGGCUAAAGCCGUACUGAUCAAGGUACGUGGCACAAACAAUAUAGAAGCUGAGUUUCAGGAUCUUGUCGAAGCCAGUGAAGCUGCUAGAGCCGUAAAGAAUCCGUUUCGCAAUCUUCUUGCUCGGAGGAACAGACCACAGCUAGUGAUUGGAGCGAUUGGGAUUCCUGCGUUUCAGCAACUAACCGGAAUGAACUCGAUCUUGUUUUAUGCUCCGGUUAUGUUUCAGAGCUUAGGGUUUGGUGGAUCCGCGUCACUUAUCUCGUCCACGAUUACAAACGCUGCACUCGUUGUCGCGGCGAUCAUGUCUAUGUAUUCUGCUGAUAAAUUUGGAAGAAGGUUUCUUCUUCUUGAAGCUAGCGUGGAGAUGUUCUGUUACAUGGUUGUAGUAGGAGUAACACUAGCCUUGAAGUUUGGGGAAGGCAAAGAGCUACCAAAAUCGCUCGGUGUGAUUCUUGUGGUCCUUAUCUGUCUAUUUGUAUUGGCUUAUGGUCGGUCAUGGGGUCCAAUGGGAUGGUUAGUUCCGAGCGAGCUUUUCCCUUUAGAGACUCGAUCGGCUGGUCAGAGCGUUGUGGUGUGCGUAAACCUUUUCUUCACGGCUCUAAUCGCGCAGUGCUUCCUUGUGUCGUUGUGCCAUCUCAAGUACGGAAUUUUCCUUUUAUUCGCCGGACUUAUAUUCGGGAUGGGAAGUUUCGUUUACUUUCUGUUGCCGGAGACGAAACAGGUUCCUAUUGAAGAGGUUUACCUUCUUUGGAGACAGCAUUGGCUAUGGAAGAAAUAUGUAGAAGUUGGUGAUGAAAAUGGUCAAUCGGUAAAUGAGUAAAAACACUUUUUUUUUUUUUGUCAAAAAUUAAACAUUUUUUGGACAAAAAAUGUAAUCUAUUUGCGAGGUCAAGCAAUUAAUUGAAGGUCACAUAUAAAUGGGAUUUCCUUAG